AAUAAACUUGUUAUGAUUAUCCUAAAUCCUCACUGCUAUUCAGCACCGUGUGUUGGCCAUGCUUGAUGGUAAUCUCCAGGCCAUGUGCACAAGGCUUCUGCUGAGUUGCAGACCUGUGGAUUAAGGAGUGGGCUUUAAAAGUGCCUUCGUGUCACCUCUUACUGCUCCUCUUUUGUCCUCUUUCAUUCUCUGCCGCUGGAUCUGCAAGACAAACACUAUAACCAGGCACAAUGAACCAGAAGGUGGUACUCAUCACAGGCUGCUCCUCUGGGAUUGGCCUUGCCUUGGCUACCCGCAUCGCAAAAGAUGAGAAGAAGAGGUUCAUGGUCUACGCCACCAUGAGGAACCUGAGUAAGGGUGAGGCGCUGGUUGAGGCAGCAGGUCGGACUCUGGGCAGGACCAUGGAGAUCAAACAGCUGGACGUAUGUAACGAGGACUCCAUCAAAGCCUGUGUGGACAGUCUGCCUGAGCGCAGGGUGGACAUUCUCAUAAGUAAUGCUGGGAUGGGUAUGAUUGGACCAAUCGAGUGUCAGUCAAUUGAUGACAUGAGGUCUGUCAUGGAUACCAACUUCUUUGGGCUCGUGCGGUUGCUGAAGGAAAUCCUCCCUGACAUGAAGAGGAGGAAAAAAGGCCAUAUUGUGGUCAUUAGCAGUGUCAUGGGUAUUCAGGGAAUUCUAUUCAAUGACAUCUAUGCAGCGUCGAAGUUUGCAGUGGAAGGCUUUUGUGAAAGCUUGGCAGUACAAGCCCUGAGAUUUAAUCUCAAUAUCAGCCUGAUAGAGCCAGGUCCAGUGAUAACAGAGUUUGAGCGUAAGGUCUAUGAUGAGGGCUUGAAAACAGAUCUCAGCAAAGCUGACAAAGUGACUGCUGACAUGUUCACAAACAUUUACUUGAAGAACUACAAACAAAUCUUUGAAACCCUUGGGCAGUCUGCAGACGAUGUAGCAGAGCACACAUUCAAGAUCAUCACCAUGGAGAAUCCGCCUUUUCGUCAUCAGACCAACACUCUUUACACCCCUAUGACCACACUCAAGUACGCUGACCCCAAUGGCGACCUCCCAAUCGACACAUUUUACAAAAUGGUGUUUGAACAUGACAAAGUCUUCAACGCCAGUCUGAACUUCCUCAAACUUCUGCGCUGGAGAAGUCGGAAAAGUUUUACCUUGGAAAAGGACAAGAACAAAGAAUAACAGAGAGUCCAUGUCUCAUCCUUCUUAUUUUUGUGAGAUAAAUUCAUCCAUGCAUGGUUUCCUGUAAUUUUCCUUUACUUUAUUUUCAGCUGUAAGACUUCUUUGUGAUGAAAUGCUGAAACACAUUUAAAAAACUGUAAAGCAAUAACUAAUGGUGACUAUGUAAUCUCUUUUCACAUAUGUGUCUGUAAGCUCCUGCUGCGGGUUUUAAACCACAUCCUGGUAACAUUCAACUGACUACCAUAACUGUCUUACCUCGUUAAG